GGAGCGUAACAACGUUCCUCUGCUUUCCUUCCCUAUAUAUAAUGUACUCGUUUGGACCAUCGGCCAUCGGGCUGUCUCCGCUUCCUGAAGGGGAUCUCGCCUCCGUUCUUCCGCUUCUCUUUGCUUCUUUCGAUCGAUCGAGAUUCAGUAUAGGCAUUGCUGUUCUUCAUUGCACUAUCCAACAAAAAAUCACUUGACAAAGAACCAGCAUAACAAAAGUUUAAAUAUCAACAAGGAGGGUACAUAUUGGAGGAGAAAUCGUUUUCCCCUCUCCUUACCUUGGAGAAGGUUAACUUGCUCAGUUGCAACAGAACCCCCACCAGCUCAGACCGAGGCAUCAAAGAUGGAUACCCCGAAAGAGAUCCUUUUGAAGGACUACAAAAAGCCUGCUUAUCUCUUCGACACGGUGGAUUUGAGAUUUCAACUGGGUGAAGACAAAACUAUUGUAUCAUCAAAGAUAUUUGCUUUGCCCAGAAUUGAAGCUUCAAGUGAUCUGCGCUAGCAACUCACAGAAUGACAUUUUUGGUUAUUCAGGGUUCAGGCUUUAGUUAUAUUAUUUUUACAUAUCAGGGGAAGUAAACUCAAUGUUAUUCCUGAUUUUAUUUCUAUUUCUAUUUCUGGCAGGUGUUUCUUGUCCUUUGGUUCUUCAUGGGCAUGAUCUUAAGCUGUUAUCAAUUAAAGUUGAUGGCAAGGAACUGAAGAAAGAAGAGUUCCAAUUGGACGUGCGUCACUUGACACUGGCAUCACCACCCACCAGUGCAUUUACUCUGGAAAUUGUUACAGAGAUGUAUCCUCAGAACAAUACAUCUUUGGAGGGUCUUUAUAAAUCGUCUGGCAAUUUUUGUACGCAAUGUGAAGCAGAAGGAUUUCGGAAAAUCACCUAUUACCAGGAUCGCCCUGAUGUGAUGGCAAAAUAUACUUGUCGAAUUGAAGCGGAUAAGACACUGUACCCGGUACUGUUAUCUAAUGGGAAUCUCAUAGAGCAUGGGGACCUUGAGGAUGGUAAACAUUAUGCUCUUUGGGAGGACCCCUUUAAAAAACCCAGCUACUUGUUUGCAUUAGUUGCUGGACAGUUAGAAAGCAGAGAUGACUCAUUUGUAACUUGCUCCGGCCGGAAGGUUUCCUUGAGGAUCUGGACCCCUUCGCAUGAUGUACCAAAAACGGCUCAUGCAAUGUAUUCUCUCAAGGCAGCUAUGAAAUGGGAUGAGGAAGUCUUUGGUCUUGAAUAUGACCUUGAUUUGUUCAACAUUGUUGCUGUUCCUGAUUUUAAUAUGGGGGCCAUGGAAAACAAGAGCCUGAAUAUAUUCAACUCUAAACUUGUUUUGGCAUCACCUGAAACUGCAACAGAUGCAGACUAUGCUGCAAUCUUGGGAGUAAUUGGUCAUGAGUAUUUCCACAACUGGACUGGCAACAGAGUGACAUGCCGUGACUGGUUCCAGCUUAGUCUAAAGGAAGGUCUCACUGUCUUCAGAGAUCAGGAGUUUUCAUCUGACAUGGGCAGCCGCACGGUUAAGCGCAUAGCUGAUGUUUCAAGACUUCGAACUUACCAAUUUCCACAGGAUGCUGGUCCCAUGGCUCACCCUGUUCGGCCACAUUCAUAUAUUAAGAUGGACAAUUUCUAUACCGUAACGGUGUAUGAGAAGGGUGCUGAAGUUGUUAGAAUGUACAAAACCUUGCUUGGAAGUUCAGGUUUCCGGAAGGGCAUGGAUCUAUAUUUCAAAAGACAUGAUGGACAAGCUGUGACUUGUGAAGAUUUCUUUGCUGCAAUGCGUGAUGCAAAUGAUGCUGAUCUCUCUAACUUUCUGUUGUGGUAUUCCCAAGCUGGGACGCCCCAUGUUAAGGUUACUUCAUCUUUUGAUCCUGAUGCUCGGACAUAUACUUUGAGGUUCAGCCAAGAAGUGCCACCAACUCCUGGCCAACCAGUGAAAGAACCAAUGUUUAUACCUGUUGCUAUUGGACUUCUUGACUCAAGUGGAAAAGACAUGCCCCUCACUACUGUUUAUAAUGAUGGGGUGCUGCAGAUGAUCGCCAGCAGUAACCAACCAGUCUUCACUACAGUACUUCAAGUUAAGAAGAAGGAAGAAGAGUUUGUGUUUUCUGAUAUACCUGAGAGGCCAAUUCCUUCUUUAUUGCGGGGUUACAGCGCACCUGUUCGUCUUGAUUCUGAUCUUACAGGCAGUGAUCUGUUUUUCCUACUUGCACAUGAUUCUGAUGAAUUCACCCGAUGGGAGGCUGGUCAAGUAUUGGCAAGGAAACUGAUGCUCAGUCUUGUAGCAGACUUCCAGCAAAAGAAAACGUUGGUUCUGAACCCAAAGUUUGUGGAUGGGAUUAGAACCAUCCUCUGUAAUUCAACCUUGGAUAAAGAAUUUAUUGCAAAGGCAAUUACUUUGCCUGGUGAAGGGGAGAUCAUGGACAUGAUGGCUGUUGCUGAUCCCGAUGCUGUUCAUGCUGUCCGCUCUUUCAUUAAGAAGCAGCUUGCUCUCCAGCUAAAGAAAGAGUUCUUAACCACUGUUAUUGACAAUAGAAGUUCAGGUCCUUAUGACUUCAACCAUCAUGAUAUGGCUCGCCGUGCACUCAAAAACACGUCUCUUGCCUAUCUCGCUUCUUUGGAUGAACCAGAGCUCACCGAACUUGCAUUGCAUGAAUACAAGUCUGCAACUAACAUGACUGAACAGUUUGCUGCUCUAACAGCCAUAGCCCAAAAUCCAGGUCAAGUCCGUGAUGAUGUUCUCUCGGAUUUCUAUAGCAGGUGGCAGCAUGACUUUCUGGUUGUAAAUAAAUGGUUUGCUCUUCAAGCCAUGUCAGACAUUCCUGGAAAUGUUGUUAAUGUCCAGAAGUUGCUGAACCAUCCUGCCUUUGACUUGCGCAAUCCAAACAAGGUAUACUCGCUAAUUGGAGGUUUUUGCGGAUCACCUGUUAACUUUCAUGCAAAAGAUGGGUCAGGCUACAAAUUUUUGGGAGAAAUAGUGUUGCUAUUGGAUAAAUUGAACCCUCAGGUGGCCUCCCGUAUGGUGUCAGCCUUCUCGAGGUGGAGGCGAUAUGAUGAGACUAGACAAGCGCUUGCUAAGGCACAAUUGGAGAUGAUAAUGUCAGCAAAUGGGCUUUCUGAAAACGUCUAUGAGAUUGCAUCUAAGAGUUUGGCUGCAUGAAUAAUGUAAGGUAUCUGAUUAGACGAUUGGAAAGUAGCCCUUAGGCGACGAGCUCCAGCAUAUUAAUCAAUGGAUAGGAAUAUUUGUUCUCUCUUCAACCCGUCUCCUGUUCCAUUGCAAAAUAUUUUCUUGGUUGCGGUAGGACUCCUUAUGGGGUCUGCGCGUUUGAAACGCCGCAGUCUGUACCGGUUGUAGCUCAAAACGGCCAAUUAGUAAGCAAAUGUGGUACCAUGGUCCGGUUGUACCGGGUAAAUGACUGCAGUUAUGUGAUUGUGAAAUUCUUUGUGCGAUGGUGGUGUAAAAAAUUUGAUGUAAAGUGCACUGUCAUAUCUGAUUG